UCGGGGAAGAAGCGACGGGUGUGUGCGAGAGAUUAUGCGACGCGAUGCGAUGCUCCAGUUGGGCGAGGGAGAGGGAGAAAAAGUUGUUGCGAAGAAGGGGAUGAUCGCGGCACUCACAACUGUGGAAGCGAAGGGAAGGGGAAGAGGAAGGGAGAGAGCCAAGUCCAUCGUUGACAACAGGAGAGAGACACAAAAUCCGGAAGGAGCAUAAUAAUCUUCUUCAUCAGCAGCAGCAGCAGGGUUCGGGUGCGAGUCAGUGAUGGUCGUCGACGUUGUCGUCGGGGAGCGAGUGCCAUACCCGUAUGAUGCUGAUGAUGGCGUAGUAACAGCGUGGCCAUAAAACCAGUUUCAGAAAACUCGUCUCAUGGCACCACCGGGUGGCGUGUCCGACAGAGCCUCGUCGUUGUUGCUCGUUGGAGGUGGUGGUACUUUAGGGUUGUUGCAAUAUGACAGUGCAAAGCUUGCGUCGUGGUAGCCAGGGGGGGGAGAGCUGCGGGGCUCGGGAGGAGUGUGUCGUGCUGUGGUGGUGGUCCGAUGGGGAGGAAAUGGUGCUGCUGGUGCGCUUGUCAGCGUGUGAGGCUGUUGAGGCGUGUGAGGUUAGUAUACGAGGGCGUGAGUUAGCGAGGACGUGAGGCUGAGGAGGAGUUAGGGGAGAUGACGCGCAGGUCUGCGAAGGAAAUGAACGAAGGAGUCUGGCGUGGGAAUGUUCUGUACUCGAUUGUUUGCCUCAUCUCGCUUUUGUGUCAGUUCCAGCGUCUUAGGGUUGGCGAGGGUUUGAGCGACGAUGGCCUGGCGCUCCUUGCGGUGAAGCGAAGCAUUACCGUGGACCCGUUUCGUGUGUUGGCGAACUGGAAUGAGAAGGAUGCGGAUCCCUGCUCUUGGUGCGGUGUUACGUGCAGUGAGUCCAGGCGGGUGCUAGCGUUGAAUUUUUCCGGAUUAGGGUUGGUGAGUCCUCCAAGGAAUGGAGGUGAGUGCAAGCAUGACGAUGCUACGUUUCCACAAACGCCUUUGCCAUGCCAACAACAGGAUGCGUCUCAACAGGCGAUGGCAAGAUGCUCUAGGUCAGGAUUGUCGGGGAAUGAUAUCGGCGAUGGUUCUGGUAGUUGUGUAAGUGCUCUGGAUCGACCGUCCUCUCCAAUUUGCUUUCGGAACGGGACUGUUGUUGAUGCGUCGUCGGGGUUGCAGGGAGAAGUGCCUUGUCUAUUGUACGGCGUCUUGGCUCGGGAGAUUGGAAACCUCUCGGAACUGGUAGUUCUAUCCUUACCUUACAAUGGCUUCUCUGGGGAAGUUCCAAGAGAGGUCGGUAAUUUGAAGCACCUUGAGACACUCGACUUGGAAGCAAAUAGUUUUUCAGGCAUUAUUCCCACUGAAAUCGGCCAGCUCUCUGAGCUUCGCGUUUUGAAUCUUGCGAAUAAUUUAUUGCAGGGAAGUAUUCCUGCAGAGUUAUCAGGGUCCACCAGCCUUUGUUUCUUGAGUCUUGCAGGAAAUACACUUCGAGGUAGGAUACCUCCUUCUGUCGGGACUCUCAAUACCCUGCAAUGGCUGUCUCUUUCUUCCAACCUGUUAGACGGUGAAAUUCCCCCUCAGCUUGGAGGUGGCUGCGACUGCCUAGUCCAUUUGGACUUGGCAAACAACUAUUUUACUGGUCCCAUCCCAUCCGAGCUCGCCAAUUGUAAGCAGCUACAGUCGCUUCUCCUGAACGCCAACUCCCUUGUCGGCUCAAUACCGCCUGAUUUGGGGAGGUUAUCGAAGUUACAAAAUCUUCACUUGGCUUUGAAUAAACUAUCAGGUGUUCUUCCCCCGGCUUUAGGGAACUGCAAUGAGCUCUCUACUCUCGUGCUUACAGCCUCUCAAGGAUGCUCUUAUGGUCUGAACUCCUCUGGGAUGCCUCAUUUCGUUGACACCCACAGACGUGAACGCAAUCUGUUUAGCGGAUCUUUCCCUUCUCAAUUCGCCCUCCUUCCAAGGAUUCAGGUCAUCUGGGGGCCUGGUUGCGGUUUAAGUGGUGUACUACCAGCUGACUGGGGUUUAUGUUGCGCCUUGGAGAUUCUCAAUUUGGCCAAAAAUUCCCUCACUGGGCCGAUUCCCGUCGGUUUGGGCAAUUGCAAAAGUCUGGUUGUGCUCGAUCUUAGCUCUAACCAGUUAAGUGGCACAAUCUCUCCGGAGCUCCCUAUAUCUUGCCUCGUCAUUUUAAAUGUGAGUUCCAAUGCCCUGAUCGGAAACAUAUCAGCUGUAGAUACGGUAUGCAGCAAUCCUUGGCUUCUUUCUGUCAAUGGUAACACUUAUUUCAAGCCAUUGACUUGCUAUGGGGUGCCCGUGUUGGGGCCUGCAAGCGUACGCUAUGUGAGUCGGAAAGAGUCGGAAAUUGUAUACGUUGUACACGAUUUUAGUAGUAAUUCCCUGACAGGCCCUAUUCCAGUUUCAUUGGUGGGAAGCACGUUGAUGAAGAAGCAGACUGGCUACGUGCUCAUCCUUUCCAACAAUCAGUUCAGCGGCAGUUUUCCUGAUAAUUUCUUUAGUUUGUGCAAAGGUUUUCAGGAGUUUGCAGUUAAUUUGAGCUCUAAUCAAUUGCUGGGGGAGCUUCCUUUGGAGGUUGGCGAGUGUGAGACUUUGUGGUACUUAGACGUGGCAGGAAACCAGUUGACUGGAUCCAUUCCAGUGAGCACAGGAACACUUACCAAUCUUGUGAUUUUGAACCUGUCUCAUAAUCAGCUGCGUGGCGAGAUUCCCUGGCAGUUAGGAGAACUCCCCAACUUGGAGGUCUUGUUUCUCGACAACAAUCGUAUCUUAGGGUCAAUACCACCAUCUCUGGGAAACUUGUCGAGACUUGUCAUGCUGGAUUUGUCCUUCAAUCACUUGAAUGGCAACAUUCCGAAGGGGCUAGCGAACUUGAGUCAGCUCAAAUCUCUACUUUUGAAUCACAAUAGCUUGUCAGGCUCGAUACCUAAGGAGUUGAGCAGUCUUACCGCCUUAGAGCAGUUGAACCUUUCAUUCAACAAUCUCUCCGGCCAGUUUCCGAUACUUGGCAACUGGGGAGGGUUUUGCAGUAGUUUAGUGGUGAUGGGAAAUCCGUUUCUUCUGCCUUGUAGAGUUGCUACCGCACCCAUGUCCAUGCCGAUCUUGGCGGAUCCGGACAUGCCUCGGAAUUCGUCCCCAGAGUCAAGCUCGACAUCGCCAGAUCAUAAAGAAGAAGGUUCAAGACCUCGCUUUAACUCCAUUGUAGUCGCUGCUAUCACCUCUGGAUGUGCCAUUGGUGUCGUGCUUCUUGUACUUGGUCUUCUUUUCCAGUGCACCAAGCAGCAGUACCCAAGACUGCAACAAGAAGGUCGAAAAGUGGUGGUUACGUUCACCAGCACCAACAUAAACUUCCAGCUGACGUACGAUAAACUGGUCCGUGCAACCAACUACUUUUGUUUGGACAAUUUGAUUGGCACAGGGGGAUUUGGAGCUACUUAUAAAGCUGAGUUGCGACCGGGAUUGGUGGUUGCUGUAAAGAGGCUUGCAAUCGGUAGGUUCCAAGGUAUACAACAGUUCGAUACUGAGAUUCGUACGCUUGGAAGGAUCAGGCAUCCAAAUUUAGUGACACUAAUUGGUUACCACGCAAGUGAGGACGAGAUGUUUCUCAUCUACAAUUACUUUCCUGAAGGCAAUCUUGAAACGCUAAUUCAUAGUGAAAGAGGACGACGGAUGAAUUGGGACAUGCGGUACAGAAUUGCUCUGGACUUGGCUCUUGCAUUGGCGUACCUUCACGAUGAAUGCGUCCCUCGGGUUUUGCAUAGAGACAUCAAACCUAACAAUGUUCUUUUGGACCAUAACCUGAUUGCACACCUCUCCGAUUUUGGGUUGGCUCGUCUUCUAGGAGACACCGAAACACAUGCUACAACGGAUGUAGCAGGCACGUUCGGCUAUGUUGCACCUGAAUAUGCCAUGACAUGUCGUCUCUCUGAUAAAGCUGAUGUCUACAGUUAUGGGGUGCUCCUGCUUGAGCUUCUAUCUGGAAGAAGAGUUAGUGGAGAUCCAACGUUUUCCAGUUAUGGGGAUGGAUUCAAUAUUGUCGGAUGGGCAACCCUUCUCUUACAUAAGCGACGACCACAGGAAUUCUUUAGUGCUGGACUUUGGCAAGCUGGACCGGAGAGAGAUCUUCUGAACGUGCUGCAUCUGGCUGUGGAGUGCACAGAGGAGUCUAUGUCUCAAAGACCGCCUAUGCGGCAGGUCGUAGAGCGUUUAAAAUUGUGUCGCCCCUACCCCUCCCAGCUCAUGCCACUGUAAUCAAUUCGUCCAUCGAUAAGAUGGUGACAGUUUCUUGGUCGCUCAUUGACCGCAGUUUUGAAGAGUUCAGGCUGCAUCAUUGGCUGACUCUUGCUUUGAAGAAGGUAUCAUUCUAUGUUUUAGCUAUGAGUGUCCCUUCACAGAGACAGGUAUUUCUGUACAAUUUACAUAAUUAAAUUCGUUGGAUCUCUUUUCUCA